AUGAACUCCUUGAGCUACCGAAAAUGGGAGGAAGACAAAGAUAAUCUUGUUUUGGACAAGUCCCAGCAAGCUUUGAGCUCACAAGGCACAGGCUCAUGGAGAAAAUUGUUUCCCAGAGACCCACCCUCAAAAUCUGCCUUCCUGAUGUUAUCUGUGCCUCUACUGCUGUUGAUUCUCCUUAUUGUGGCACUGGUCAUGGGCUCAAAGACCUCCCAGGAGCUGAAUGAGCUAAAACAGGAAAUGAGAACCAAUGCUUCUUCUCAGACAAAGGAUGUCAAACAGCUAAGAGAGGACAUAGUUGCUGCCAAGAGAAAUGGCUCUGCUUUAUGGGCUAGCUUGGGGGGCUCAGAGAAGAAACUGAGUGAGACCCAUGCCCGACUGCUCGACCUAGAAAGCAAACACACCGAACUCAGCACCCAAAUGACUCAGGCCCUGGCAGACGCUGGGAAGGACCGACAAGACAUUCGCAGUGAGAUGUUCCGGGCUGUGGCUGCUGUGAAAACUGGGAACAGCUCCUGCUCCCCUUGCCCUGAUUCCUGGUUGCCCUUUGAGGGUUCUUGCUACUUCUUUUCCACCACCAAAGCCCACUGGGAUCAGUCACAGCAAAACUGUGCCAAGGAGCAGGCGUACCUGGUUAUUGUGAACAACCUUGAGGAACAGACCUUUCUGACCCAGAACACCAAAGGCUUGGGUUACUGGAUUGGACUCACAGCGACUCGUUCCAGAGGCAGGGUUAACGGAUAUAUGUGGAUUGACGGCACCAAACUCACUUUCAGCUACUGGAAUGAAGGGGAGCCCAAUAACUCAAGAAACAUCGAGAACUGCAUCAUGAUACUUUACUCAGGUCGCUGGAAUGAUGCACCCUGUAAAAAUCUCAAUGACCACUGGAUCUGCGAGAAGAGGCAGCAGUGUUGAGCUGAGACCUACUGCCCAGGCCUGGUUUGGCCCACAGAAGGGACAAUAAAAAUGUUUCUCUUUUUUAUCUCAAAGUGGAUUGUCUAAGGACCCCUGUCUUCUCUUCAAAUGAGGGACUCUCUAAGGGAAGGGGUUGUUUUCCAUCUCAAAUUGCCAUGCUGAAUUGUCAGGAA